AUGGCGAAGCCACGAAGAAAUGUCAAGUUUGCUCAACGGUCACAGGCCACUACUACAUCGAGCGAGUUUGAGGGGAGGCGAGAUGACAUGUCGAGUGGGAGUGAAGACGACGAGGAGGAGGAGGACGACAUGGUAGUGCCGUCGACUCCCCCGAAAUCACAGUCCGGACCAACUACUCUUGCCCAGGACUACGAGAAAAAAAAGCAAACGUUCAUAACGCGAACAAUAUGGACUCUAGCAAUGAUAGCGAUAUUCUUUGGAUCGAUGGCUGCCGGACAUCUGUAUAUCCUGGCUAUUGUCACGGUGGUGCAAGUGAUGACGUUCAAGGAAGUGAUUGCGAUUGCAAAUGUCCCGUCACGAGAGAAGAAGCUACAGUUCACCAAAAGCCUUAACUGGUACUUUUUGGCGACGACCAUGUACUUCCUGUACGGAGAGAGCGUCAUCUACUACUUCAAGCACAUUGUCUAUGUGGAUGCGUUCCUACUUCCUUUCGCUACCCAUCACCGCUUCAUUAGCUUCAUCCUCUACAUCAUCGGAUUUGUCUUCUUUGUUGGAUCCUUGAAGAAGGGCCACUACAAAUUCCAAUUCACGCAAUUUGCAUGGAGCCACAUGGCGCUGUUCCUCGUGGUUGUGCAGGCGCACUUUAUCAUGAACAACAUCUUUGAAGGAAUGAUUUGGUUCUUCUUACCGGUGUCACUCGUCAUUACGAAUGACAUUUUUGCCUAUAUCUGCGGAAUCACCUUCGGCCGCACGCAGUUGAUCAAGAUCUCGCCCAAGAAGACUGUUGAGGGUUUCGUCGGUGCUUGGUGGAUGACCGUGUUAUUCGGCAUGUUCAUGACCAACAUUCUGAUGCGUUACCAGUACUUCAUCUGCCCCGUUAAGGACCUUGGAGCGAAUGCGUGGACAGGUCUCCAGUGCACACCCAACCCGGUGUUCUUGAAGCACACCUACGAUCUUCCCUUCUUCAUGCACCCGCUGAUCGGCCCAACCCUGAACAUCGAACCCAUGCAGUUCCACAUUCUUGCGAUGGCUACCUUUGCGUCUCUCGUUGCGCCUUUCGGUGGAUUCUUCGCGAGCGGGUUGAAGCGAACGUUCAAGAUCAAGGAUUUCGGUGAUCUGGUGCCCGGCCAUGGUGGUAUGACCGACCGGAUGGACUGCCAGUUCACCAUGGGAUUCUUCGCAUACUUGUACUACCAGUCUUUCAUCGCCGUGAACAGCGCCGCCAGCGUUGGGAGUGUUCUGGAGACUGCUAUCAACAGCUUAUCGCCCCAAGAGCAGGUUGAGGUCCUGGAACGGUUAGGACGUUACCUAGUCGGCCAGGGCAUCAUUGUCGAGAAGGUCGUCGAGUGCAUGAAUGGCGCAUUAUCGGCCACUCCGGCUUGA